AUAGAAACUCUUUCGGAUUAGAAUUUCGGGUUGCAGUUGGUUUGUUUUAUUGCAGCGUUUUUUUCGAAGUUUAAGGCGUGUAAAGUAAUUUACAUUUAAAAUAACCGCGAAAGCAAGGAAACUCACUCCUAACAAUUAUGAAUUCCUGUAUUAGAAAUGCGCUUUUCUUCUUAUUGCUGGUGUGUGGUACAUUAUCAAACCCAAUAACAACUCCAGAACCAGAUGAUGACGGGACAACAACAACUGAUAGCAGCGUUACUAGUCCAGAACCUGUCGUGAAAGAGGAGGUCGAUGUAGGAGACAACACAGCCACAGAGCCAGCCGAGGUAGAAAUUCAAGCGGAAGAAGGUGGCGAAGAAACUGUCGUAACUGAAGAACCAACUACUACAGCGGGUGCGGAAUCUGUCAAAGCAAAAUUUGCAGCAAUUGUAUUGGCUUCAAUGUUGCCUCUCUUGUUGUAAUUUCACAUUCAAAAACACGUUCAUUUUUUCGUUGUCAAUUUUAGGUGAUUAACUUGUGAACUUAUGAAGAACUUUUGUUACUGAAUUGUUCACUUUGAAAUAAUAAAAAAAUAAAACCAAAUAAAAAACGACUAAACUCUU